AUGACUGUAGCUACGGUAGACAAAUUUGUUGCGACAAGGAUUUUUGUAAUUUUUUGUCUUUCCAGUUGUUCGUCGAACGCUCAAACCAAUGUCGCUUUGGGGAAAAUGGUUCGAGAAAGCUCCUCAAAAGCUCCUUAUAAUGGAUUCUUGGUGUUGGAUGGUAUCUACACACCUCCGUACUGUUAUGUCUCGCUGGCGUCUGCUUAUCAAUGGAUCCAAAUUGAUCUGCUCUGGUCGUAUCGAGUAGAUUUUGUUCAUGUUUUUGAAAAACUUCUGACAAAUAUGUUCAACGUCAAACUGACGGAUUUGAGUUUCAAAACGAUAGCACCUUGCCCCAACGUGACCAGCCAACUGACCCAAACGAACGUUUCAUUCCAGUGUCCAGCUGAAUAUUCCAGUAGGUUCGUUACACUAGAUCAGAGUGCAACAUCGAUUGUUAAGAUGAACGUUUGUGAAGUUGUUGUGGAGGGCCUUUAUGACGAUGAGCUACCACAAAGAACAAACAUCUUGCAAGGGAAGAGCGUCACCAUGAUUUCUUCUUUUUGGAACACCAACAGUUUAACAGGUCUAAGCUUUCCAAUGAUUGCUGGACUAAUGGUUGACGGAAUAAGAGACCCCACCCUACUGCACGGUCAUUGUGCCCACUGCAAUGAAGCGGUGUGGUCAAGGAACUGGAUCCAAGUGGACAUGGUUCAGGUUCACUUCAUCGGCUACGUUGCCCUCGUUAGCAGAGAUGCCAGCUCUACUGCCAAUGCUCAACGUCUCACAAAUUUUUCAAUUGGUCUGACAUCGAAAAGCUGCAACGUGGUUGCCCCCAUCAGAGGUCAAUACCCCUUGUGUGCCAUGUACCCCGGUGAUGUCCCCAGAGCCACCCGAGUCACCCUUCAGUGCAACGCCAACCUACCCGCCUACCGCUACAUUUUCGUUCAUCAAGCAGAUGGUGCAAGUGAUGCUCACAUGGCGGUUUGUGAGUUGGAAGCGUUUCCAACUGAUCCACAAAUCAAACAGACAAAAUGGAGAUCAACGAAAAACAAACAGCUGAUCAACUACAAGUUCAUGGAGGUACAGGUUCUCAAGCCUCUGCAAUGCAUCAAACAAUGCAUGAAAGUAGGAGACUACUCGUGCGACUCCUUCAAUUACAAUCCUGCGCUGAAGACCUGCGAACUGAACAAACACAGGAACGGCUACCAAGUUGGAAAUCUGACGACGAACUCAUCUUGGACAUUUUGGACCGCCCGUUACGACUAUUCAGGAAAUUUGUAA